UGGCCAUUUCUGCCGCUUUGUCUGUCUCUGUCCAGACUGUCCUUCCUACGUAAGCGUAACCUCCGACCUCUCUGCUACGUCUUCUGCCUCCCUCUCAGACUUCAGAGCAACCACCAAUGGCGGGCUCCCUUCUCUCCUCCGCCAAGCCACCCUUGACUCUCCCUUCCACACCCUCCAAUUACUCCCUAACUGCCAACGCCCUGCCCUUGAAACCCUACACUCUCUCCCUCUCCUCUCCCGUCUACCCUAAGGCCUUCAAAUUCCUGUCGUUCAAUCCAUCCCUUCAUUGCCGAUUCAAACCCUGCCUUUCCCUAGAGUCCGACGUCUCUGUUGUCACAGAUCAGGAGCCGGAGAAGCUCCUUGGAUGUAGUAAGAGUUUCGAGGAAUGGGACUCGUUGACAGCCAAGUUCGCCGCAGGGGCGAAUGUGCCCUUUCUGUUGCUCCAGAUGCCUCAGAUCAUUCUCAAUGCCCGGAAUCUUUUGGCGGGAAAUAAAUCCGCGCUCUUUGCUGUUCCAUGGCUGGCAAUGUUGACUGGUUUGCUUGGGAAUUUAUCUCUGCUUUCCUACUUUGUGAAGAAGAGGGAGAUGGAGGCGGUUUUGGUUCAGACGCUGGGAGCUAUCUCGUCGUAUGUGGUGAUUGCUCAGCUUGCCAUGGCAGAAUCAAUGCCUCUGCCACAUUUCACUGUGACUUCGGUCGUUGUGGGUUCUGGUCUCAUUUUGAAUUUUCUGAAUUAUCUAAAUUUGCUUAAUUCUGGGAUCUGGCAAGCCUGGGAAGAUUUUGUUACUAUUGGUGGAUUCGCUGUACUUCCUCAGGUUAUGUGGUCUACCUUUGUUCCAUUCAUUCCGAACAGUAUCUUGCCUGGGAUUGUUGCUUUUGUGACGGCUGUCACAGCUGUUGUUAUGGCACGAACUGGAACGCUCUCAGAGAAAGGUAUAAAAUUUGUUGGAUCGAUAUCUGGAUGGACAGCAACACUACUCUUCAUGUGGAUGCCAAUUACACAGAUGUGGACAAAUUUUUUGAAUCCAGAUAACAUCAAAGGCUUAUCAGCUCUCACAAUGUUGCUUUCUAUGAUUGGAAACGGUCUUAUGAUUCCACGUGCACUCUUUAUCCGUGAUUUCAUGUGGUUCACUGGUUCAACAUGGUCAUCCAUUAUACAUGGUUGGGGGAACCUCAUAUGCAUGUACUGUUUCAAUAGUAUCAGCAGGGAAUUCUUCUUGGGAGCAACACUUGGGCUGUAUUUUUGGAUAGGAGCAACUUUAUGGAGAGAUGCCAAAGCCUAUGGCUACAGCUCACCACUGAGAUCUUUGACGGAGUUGGUCUUUGGAAGUUAAAGUUCUCCUUUUCGUACUGCCAUGCCAAUGCUAUCUGCAUUAGUUCAUCAGAGCAGAGCAGAGGUUAAUUUAUUCAUUUCAAAUGUGAUUUCGGUUUUCUAAUUCAACAUCUCCCAGUGAAACCAGUGCACGUCCUAAGGUUAAUCAGCACUUGACCUCAGGCAGUAACUGCAGCAUUACUGCUGCCAGGUUCUCGUCUUCAUAUCAGCUGCAGUUCCCAAAGCAUCUUAACAACACUGGUUUCUUUUUAAUUUCCGUGUAAGUUUGAAACAAAAAGCAGUCUUAGAAAAUGUUAAUGAAGCAAUAAAUUUGUUACCAUGCAUCCCUGGUUGAUUUCUAUUACAAUUUACAAGAUGUUGCUUUCA